AUGAAGUCACGGAAGACCGUCUUCGCUUCUCUGGUCACAUUAAGAGGAGACCGUCUGAUUGUCCAAGUUGUCCUGGGGAUGCUCCCAGUCCCGAACUUGAAAAGGCCUCCUAGUCGUGCAAAAAAGUUGUGGACGGAGGUGGUAAGGGAAUAUGUGAGGACACUUGGCAUUGACAGACACUUCGGUCGAGACGUAAAAUUCCGUUUAUUUAAUAGCGACGGAUGGACAGAUUCUAUCCGAGCUCUAGCUGAAGAUCGAAAAGGAUGGUCUCAGAUGUCUAUAAGGACGACACAUCCCUGCGAAGACAAGGAUACCCGCGUUAGACCGCAACACCCUCCCGCCGUUUAA